AUGGCCGGUGACGACCAAAAGGCCGCGUCGAAAGACGCGCCGACGUCAUCCGAGACGGCCAAAGACCGACUCGCCCAAGUCAGCUCGCACAUGGCCCCGAAGACGCCGAAGCGACGAAGACGCAAAGCCGCAGACUCGGAUGCACCCGCAGACUACUCAGACAUCCUCGGACAGAUUGCGACACUCCGAAAGAUCGCCGCGACGCCAGACACGAACAACAGGGGCUACCUGAGGCAGAAGCAGGCGGGAAAGCUAUGGGUGCGGGAGAGGGUGGAACAGCUGCUUGACCCCGGCAGCUUCCAAGAAGUAGGCAGUGUGAGCGGGACAGUCAAAUGGAAGCAACUUGGGCCUGUGAAAGAAGAACCAGAAGAAUAUGUGCCUUCGAACAACGUGCAAGGCUUCGGGCGACUACGAGGUCGAAAGAUUGUAUUCACAGCUGAUGACUUUUCUAUACGCGCCGGACACGCUGAUGGCGCUCUCAUGGAGAAAACGAUAUACAUGGAGAAGCUCGCUAUCGCGCUGAAACUACCCAUUGUCAAACUCGUCGAUGGCUCAUCAGGCGGCGGCUCCGUCACCACCAUCCGCUCUACCGGCUUCUCCUACGUCCCCCCGUUACCUUCCUUCGCACAAGUGGUACAACAACUCAACAUGGGUAUACCAAACCUAGGCGCCGUGGUUGGACCGGCCAUUGGCUUAGGAGCGGCUCGCGUGGUUGCCUGUCACUUUUCUGUCAUGGCCGCCGACAUUGGCUCCUUGUUCAACGCUGGCCCUAGUGUGGUCAAGAACGCGACAUUCGAAGAGGGUCUGUCCUUCACAGAUCUUGGUGGGCCAGCAAUGCAUUGUACCAACGGAACUAUCGAUAACCUGGCACCAGAUGAGGCAGGCUGCUUCGAACAGAUACGAAAAGUUUUGGGCUACUUACCUGAUUGCGGUACGAAGUUACCUCCAGUAAUCGACUGCUCUGAUCCAGUCGACCGAAUGUCGGAAACCCUCCGGUCCAUCAUUCCGCGUUCUAAGAAUCGCAUGUAUAACCCGCGCGCUAUCAUAACCGAAGUCGUGGACCAAGAUUCAUUCUUUGAAAUCGGCGCGCUUUGGGGUACCACAGCCAUUGUUGGCCUGGCACGGUUUGCAGGCAAGCCAGUAGGCAUCGUGUCUCUAAACUGCGAACAGAAUGCUGGCGCGCUGGAUGCAUUGGGGUCGCAGAAGAUCACCCGAAUGCUGAAAUUCCUGGACGUCUUCAACCUUCCACUCAUUCAAUUCGUCGACGUUCCAGGUUACGCAAUAGGAACCGUAGCAGAGCGCACUGCAACCAUGCGGCACGGUGUCACUCUUGCUGCAACCUAUUACAGCACAACCAUGCCCAUCUUCAACGUCAUCGUACGCCGUGUCUACGGUGUAGCAGGAGGCAUCAUGCUAGACUGCCGCGACCCUCGCAUGCGCGUUGCUUGGCCAUCGGGCGUGUGGGGCUCUUUGCCACUCGAGGGUGGCAUUGAGGUCGGGCACUCGUUCGAACUCAAGGAAAUUGAAAGAAAAGAAGGUAAAGACGCGCGGGACAAGCGUUAUACAGAAUUGGAGAACGAGUACAAACGAUUGAUGAAUCCAGUCCGCACAGCGAAUGCGUUCGGUAUCGAGGAGAUUAUAGACCCGGCAUAUACGCGACGAGUACCGAAACCAGGGAUGGCGCCUGUCGGCGCUGCUGCCGCUGCUAGGCAGGCAGAACCAGUAUUGACGCGCAUCGUUGAAGAGGACCAGAUACCGUGGUAUAAGAAGAGAAACUUGCGGAGGCUGUAUGCGCUCUUGUUGCCGACGUGUAUCGGGAUUGAGAUGACGUCUGGCUUUGAUUCGCAGAUGAUCAAUGCGGUGCAGAUUGCACCGACAUGGCAGAUAUACUUCAACGAACCACGAGGAGUGCUUCUCGGCAUAAUUUCUUCAGCAUACAACCUAGGUGCGCUCUGCGCUCUGCCACUAGUGCCGUACGUGAACGAUAGAUUUGGGCGACGAUGGGCAAUCUUCCUAGGCUCCUGGAUCAUGGUUGUCGGGGCGCUAGUUCAAGCUUUCUCAAUCAGCGCUGGCAUGUACAUUGGCGCCAGGUUCAUCAUCGGUUUCGGCAUACCAUUCUGCAUCAUCGCUGGCUCGUCUUUGAUGGGUGAGCUUGCGUACCCAAAGGAGCGGCCGAUCAUGACUUCUCUCUUUAAUGCACUCUGGUUCAUAGGUUCGCUCAUAGCAGCAGGGGUAUCGUAUGGCACACAGAGUCUCAAAGACGACUGGGCCUGGCGCAUACCAUCGCUUCUUCAGGCCGCUCCGUCAUUACUUCAGAUCGUCUUCAUCUUCAUGAUACCCGAAUCACCCCGCUUCCUCAUCUCUAGAGACCUUCGUGAAGAAGCCUACCGCACGCUGAUCAUCUACCAUGCUGAAGGCGACAGCUUUUCGCAUUUUGCUGCUGCUGAAAUGGCACAAAUCGAACACACCAUUCGCAUCGAACUUGAGCACUCGAAGCGCUCCUGGCGCGAGAUGAUCGCUGUUCCUGGUCUACGCAAGCGCGUCAUUAUCGGCUCUUUCCUGGGUCUCUUCACCCAAUGGUCCGGCAAUACCUUGCUGAGUUACUAUCUGAACCAACUGCUGAUCAUGAUUGGGUACGACGAUCCGGGCUUUGUGGGGAGAGUGAACAUCGGACUCAACAGCUGGAACUUGUUCACUGCAGUGUCCUUUUCACUGCUGGUCCGACGCUUUCCACGCCGAAAGAUGUAUCUCAUCUGCGCGACCAGCUUGCUUUGUUGCUAUGUUGCUUGGACGGUCGCUGUGCAUCGUUACACUGCUACGAAGAGCAUCGAGCCAGCGAGGUUGACAAUAGCGAUUAUCUUUUUGUAUCAGGCAUGUUAUAAUAUCGGUUAUAAUGCACUUACCUACACAUUUCUAGUCGAAUUGUUCCCUUUUGCGCAACGUACCAAAGGCAUCACCAUCUUCCAGUUCUUUAGCAGAACAGCAGUCUUCACUACAACCACCCUCAACCCCGUCGGACUGCAACGCAUACAAGGGCGCUGGCUUAUAAUGUACUGCGCUUGCCUAGUAUUUGAAAUCGUCUUCAUUUACUUUAUGUUCCCCGAAACCUAUGGUCGCACAUUGGAAGAACUCGCAUUCCUCUUCGAAGAUCAUGCGCGAGCUGAUGAGGCGACGACGCAUGUCCAGAAGCAGAUGGAAUGGUCGGAGAGAAGGUGGAGUCGGAUAGAGGAGCGGAUGAGUUGGGAGAUGGAUGUCUUGAUCCCAACAGUAGCGCAAAAUGGCCGCAGAGAAGAGACAAGGAACGACAGUAUACUCCAUUCACAAGACGUGAUACGACGACAUGAUCUGAUAAGAUAG